AUGCCUCAAGAAAAGCACAAACCAACAAGGAAGCGCCAGAAGUACUCAAGAAACGGGUGUCUGGCAUGCAAGAAACGCAAGGUCAAGUGCGACGAGGCGCUCCCCACCUGUGGCCGAUGUGCGAAAAUCAACUCCGAAUGUAUUUAUUAUCGAGUUUUCAAGUUUCAAAGUCUCAACGUUUCGGAUAAAAAGGCCCCCUCUCCUGUUCCCGAACCCACUUUAGAAUCAUCACCUCACGAAGAAUCUUCUCAAUCGGUUACAGAAGGUCUUUCCAAUUUGUUGGAGCAUCAGGAGCUGCUAUUUGGUGACAUAGCAGGACUCCCUGAUUACUUCAAGAACGAUGCAAAUCCCGACGAGCUCCAGCUACUGCUGCCGGACUACGGUUUUCCUGCUCCGAAGACAAACAAUGUGUCCUCUUCGAGCCGAUCUCACCGUGCGUCAAUGGAGUUCCUGGAAGAGUACCAGUAUCUAUUGAAUCUGAGCAAAAGUUUCAACGAGCUAGAUCUCAACAGAAUCGCCGAUUCGCUCGACAUCAACUACUCUGAGUCGAUGCAUCUUCAAUCGUUUGUCAAGAACGUUCAUCUGAUUUUGUUCCCGCUUGCUACCUCAUAUAUGAGCUCUCCGUUCAUUGUCACGUUUCUGGAGGAAGCAAAAAAGAGUAACUAUUUGUUGAACGCCAUGUUGGCCUCGGGAGCACGGUUCCUUACCGAGAAGGCCCGCAUUGACCAGGAAACCUAUCUUUCGACCACUUCCGGAAAGAGGGACCGCACAUAUCUGGACUCGCUAGAGAGCCAGAUCGAGCUCAACGACAAGUACCGUGUUCACUAUUUAUCCAACUGUUUCCAGUCUCUCAAAGAGAUCCUCGAAAAUAUGGACGACACCACGCAAAAAGUCGAGCCGGCCCUGUUGACCAGUCUGAUUCUCGCUGCAGAUCUCUCGUCAAACAAGGAUUACAAGUGGUCGCUGCACCUGCGCGGGGCCAAACAGUUUUUGAGCAAAUUUGAUGGAGAGCAAAACUUACAUUCUAACUCUCUGAUUUUGGCUCGUUAUUUAUUCUCAUCGCUGGAGAUCAGCUCUGGAAUGGCAUCCACUGGUGGCAGCAGUUUGGACCUGGAGGAACUGGCCACAUGGAUCCCCAUUCCGCUAAAUCACGGACCAGUUCCUAAACUGAGCCAGAUGGGAAUGGUGAUAGACGGACACACCAAAGACUCGUACUCGGUGGGGGGUUUCAAAAUGUACAUGGGAUACAGCGAUGGGGUGAUGGAGGUUGCCAAGGAGAUCGUUCUUGCCAAGAGAAACAAGAUGGUUGACCCGUUCACCACCGCGCAUAUUUUCUCCGUCAUUGAUAAGGCCAGAGAUUUUUACGUUGUAACCAACAAAAAGCCCUACAUGAUCCCAGUGGAGUCGCGGUUCCAUCCUCUGUACGAAGGGGCCGACAAGGCCAAAUUGACCUUAUCUGGUUACUACCACCUAACCAAUCCAAAACUAAGGGAGUUUGUCAUCGGGACCAACAACCCAGAUCUGGACGAAGAAUCUUAUUGUUGGUACUCCUUCUUCGACUUCACCCAGAACUUGCGUCUGGAGACGCUGUACAUGUAUGUCUUGACAUCUGGCCAGUUUCUGGGCAGCAAAGUGGACAGUGCAGCGGUGCAACGACUGCUGAAGGUGUCUCUGGAGUCGUGCUCGUUUAUGGUGCAACUGAACUACAAAGAGCUUGUGGACGCUGAUUUGGAGAAACUCGAGAUGUUGUACAAUUCACCGAUCUUGGUUGAAGAAGAAGACUUGAAGGUGGAGGUGAACUUAGAAUCAAACACGUUUUGUGCUUCGACACAGGAUCUGGAAGAUUUCUGCUCCGAGUACAUAACCACGGCUCCCAAUUUGGAGUUUCGCAAGUAUUUGAACUUUGAUCUGGACCAUAGAAUCAGCAUGAUCCAGUGGUGCACCAUCAUGUGCGGCUACUGUUGUAUCGAUGCCACCGACAAGCUGAUAGUGGACUGCUUGCUGAACAAUCUGCUAUCGUUUGGGCUCAAGAGUGCAAAGAUUCCCGUGGUGGUACGUAUUCCCGGCCAGAACGGCGCAAACCAGGUGAGCGUCAACACGUCGCAGGACAUCACCACGAGCCAGGUCGCGGAUACUCGAGUGUACACUGUUGACCAGUCGUUUGGGCCUGCGGCGGACCAGGGCGUGUUUUUCCGCGAUGUGGGACUUCCCUUGGUGAACGAGUUCCUCAAGGGCUACAAUUGCACGAUCCUGGCGUACGGCCAGACUGGAUCGGGUAAAACAUACACCAUGUGUGGAGACAUCAGCGACAAAUCAGCUUCCAGAGACUCGGGACUUGUGCCGCGCAUUCUUUGCAAGCUGUUUGAGUUUCCAGACGCCGAGUUCAUGGUUAAGUGCUCGUUCGUUGAGAUCUACAACGAAGAGCUUAAAGAUCUGCUCGCCGACACGAAAAACCAGCGUUUGAGAAUCUACGACCGCAAACGGUCGUCAGGCACAGAAAUCCACAUCGAGGGUCUCGAAGAAUUCCAUAUCAAGACCGCGAAGGAAGGAUUGGAGCUGCUGAAACAGGGUCUCCAGCGUCGACAGACGGCAGCAACCAAAAUGAACGAUCUAUCCAGUAGAUCCCAUACCAUUUUCAGUAUCAACUUGCUACAAAAGAAGAACGACUCCGAAUACCAGUUUGCUAAGAUGAACCUUGUUGAUCUGGCUGGCUCAGAGAAUAUCAGUCGUUCGGGCGCAAUCAAUCAACGAGCAAAAGAAGCAGGAAGCAUUAACCAGUCUCUGUUGACUUUGGGCAGAGUAAUCAACGCCUUGGUGGACAAAAACAGCUACAUCCCAUACAGAGAGUCCAAGCUGACACGGCUACUACAAGACUCGCUUGGGGGAAAAACGAAGACCGUCCUGGUGGCCAAUAUUUCUCCCUCCAGCCUCGACACUCAGGCCACCACAAGCACUUUGGAGUAUGCCACCAAAGCCAAAGACAUCCGCAAUACCGCGCAGAUCGGGCCUCUUGUUUCCGACAAGGUGCUUCUGAAGGAGCUCGUAGACGAGAAUCACAGGCUCAAACUCGACCUGAAGGCCACGAGGACGAAAGAGGGGGUGUACUUGAACGAGGCCAAUUACAACGAACUGAUGAUCAACUACAGAAACCUGACCAACGAAACAGAGGAGCUGAAACGUCAGAACGAGCAGCUGUCAACCCAAGCCAGAGAGAGCUCCGAAGACCUGAACAACGAGCGUAGAGAGAAACAGAAGAGCAUUGAAAGCAUGAAACUCAUGGAGUCUCGUCUGACCCAGCUGGAAAACAAUCUCGAGCUUCAGCGGUCACGUGAGCACAAGUUGGUGAGUCUUACGCAGAAGGUUGUUGAGCAUUGCCACGAAGAGAGCGAGCAGCUUGUGAAGAGCCAAAGCCAAAACCAGCUGAAGCUGACGGAAAAAAUUGAGCAACUGGUCGCUCCUGUGAUCCAACAAAUCUCGAGCAAAAGCUUUACUGAGCCGAGCGUGGAUUUUGGCGGUCUCGGAGACCUAAUUUUCAACGAACUGCGAAAGGUCAGGGAUGAACAGACCGAAUUGGGAAACCGGAUAUUGGAAAAGACUGAUGAGCUACGCGCGUUCCGCAAAGAGUUGGAAGCUGUUUUUGGCGGAGUGAAAACCCAGAUUGGGUUGCUACGUUCGGGAAUUAACGAAAAUUAUAAUAAUGAUAGCAGGUUCGAUAAAUUCCUCGCAACGGUGUUUCAAGAACCCCACAUUGCAAAGAAGGCGGCUUCCGAAUCCGAGAAAUUGGUGGACGAAAUGAGAAAACAAUUGCAGACGCAGUUCUCGCAAUUUUCCAAGCAGCUCACAGAGAUAACCGUGGAAAGCGUUUUAAACUCCACCAGGGAGAAAAUUUCCGCGGAGCAGCAAAAAUGGGCCUUGCGCAACACCACCAUCAACAGCUCGCUUUCCGACCGCCAUGGAGAGUUAUCUUCUUCGUUCAACGAGUGCUCAUCCACGGUCCAGUCGCAUCUCGAAGCUAGCGUGGGGCAUUUGAACUACCAAAGGGCCAAACUCUCAAAUAUCAAUGCCUCUGUUGGUACAACUGUCUCCAAUUUGGAGAAACAAUCUGAAAAACAAACCCAGUUGGCAUCGUCGUACGCAUCGCUCAAACAAUCUCACGAGGGAUUGGAAUCAACCAUGAAUCACGUCAAGCAAAGUCUAACAGGACUCCAGGGAACCAUCAAACCUGUCCAGUCACAAAAGCCAGACCCUGCUUUGCAAGAGUUGCAAAAACUAAUCGAUCAGCCAUUGCGGGACGCUGCAAACCGCAGUGAACCCAACAAAUCUCCGCUUAAACGACCUGCACUACAGUCAUCGCCUUCCAAACGCAGGAAUAUCAAAGGAACAGACGAUGGACCCGAAAUUGAUCCACUCUUUGGCUCUGAUGGAGAGGGCUGGGUUGGAGAAAUAGAGGAUAUCGAUCCCUGGUGGUCCGGCUUCACAAUCCACAAACGAUGGGAUUGUGUUGCCACGAGCUUGGCCAUGGUACGGCCAAGUGACGACGAGGAUGUAACAUGGAAGAUUGGGAACGAGUCUUUGCCGUUCUCCAAGCCCCUAGAAUUCAAAAUCACAGAGAUAAAGUGCAAGCACGAUUUGUAG